AUGGCUAAUAUUAGCUGCAGUCUACUUACAGCACUUAUAUUGCAACUUAAUGGUUUAGUAAUUACAUACAAACUAUUAGAAAGCAAACGAAAUAUUGCCCUUGGUGCUUAUUUAUGCACACGAAAAAAUAACUUACAACGUAAGAAGAAACUUGCUAGACAAAGACUUUUGAACAUAAAAUCUAGAAGUUUAUGGGUAGAAAAGGGGAGAACUGAUUUAUGGUGGCAAAAUAUGAUUGGACCAGAUGUCCCUGAAACUUGCUGGAAAAGAAAUUUCCGAAUGACAAAGGGAUGUUUUCUAGAGCUUGCUGCUAUUAUAGAUACUGUUGUAAGUCCUCAAUCUAACUGUCCAAAUUAUCGUUUUUUAACUACACACAAAAAACUAGCAAUAACCAUUUAUUAUUUAAAGGAUACUGGUUCCCUUUGGAUGACAGCCAAUGUUUUCGGCAUUCAUCAAUGUACUGUUUCAAAAACUGUAAAAGUUGUAUGUGAUGCCAUAAAUAAUAUCGUUGGUCCUAUAUAUUUACAUCUACCUAAAAAUAAAGAGGAUAUGACCAAAUUAGCUUCACAGUUUGAAGUAAAGUUCGGCAUGAUACAAGCAUUUGGAUGUAUUGAUGGCACUCAUGUCCAAAUUAAACGUCCUAUUAAAAACGGUCAAGACUACUUUUGUUAUAAGCAAUAUUUUUCAUUAAAUGUACAAGCGGUAUGCGAUAGCAAAGGAUAUUUUAUUGAUGUUGAAUGCAAAUGGCCAGGAUCUGUACAUGAUGCAAAGAUGUUUACAAAUUCCACUAUCAACAAAAAAUUAAUAAAAGGCACACUACCUCAAACAUUGUACAGUUUACCUAAUUACCAUUCAAUUCCUAACUAUUUGAUUGGAGACCCAACCUAUCCAUUAACAAACUUUUGCAUAAAAGAGUUUCAAAGUUGUUCAAAUAACGAAGAAGUCAUAUUUAACAGCAUGUUACGCUCUGCUAGGAACCAGAUUGAAUGUGCUUUUGGCAGAUUAAAAGCAAGGUGGGGAUUUUUAAGAAAAAUCAUUGAUAUAAAAAUAGAAACAAUUCCUAUUGUUAUUUAUACUUGUUUUGUUCUUCAUAACUUUUGUGAAAAAAACAAAACCUAUGACCUAAAUGAAGAGGAGGUUAAUCAGCAAAUUGAAAGACAUCGAAGUGAUGCAUUGAAAAGCCCAAACCUCCCUGACAGUAUUUACUCUGCUAAUAAUCCUGAAGAAAGUCCCUGGGCAACCUGUAAAAUAGAUUCUGACAUUCGCUCGAUUGAUGCUGAGAAUGUUUCAUUAGAAUGUCUUAUGGCUUCAGCGAUAUCUCUUUUAAAUUGA